AAAGGCCUAAGCCAUAAAUUAUCAUAUCUGGGCCUUGAUGUUCUUUUUUUAAUCAAUUUUCUUUGAUCCUGGUAGAGGGAAACCAUGGCAUCUUGUGGUGAAGAAGUCUUUUCUUUCAUGAGGCUUGCUCUGAACCAGGCAAAGCUUGCCUUGGAUAGCCUUGAAGUACCAGUAGGCUGUGUCAUUGUAGAGGACGGCGAGGUCAUUGCUUGGGGAAGGAACAGGACCACAGAGACUAGAAAUGGCACACGGCACGCGGAGAUGGAAGCCAUUGAUUCUUUACUUGAGAAUUGGAAGAAGAAUGGGCUUUCGCCAGGUGAGGUCUCCUUGAGAUUCUCAAAAUGCACCCUCUAUGUGACUUGCGAGCCCUGUAUAAUGUGUGCUGCGGCACUGUCUUACAUUGGUGUCAGAGAAGUAUAUUACGGUUGCCCGAACGAUAAAUUUGGGGGUUGUGGGUCCAUACUGCCGCUGCACGCCGGAGGAGAUGGUGGCGGCGCUAAGAAGGGGUUUGGGUGUGUGGGAGGCGUAAUGGCAUCUGAAGCAGUGUCUCUUCUGCGCAGUUUCUACGAACAGGGGAAUCCAAACGCUCCCAAGCCUCAUAGGCUGCUGAAGGGGAAAAACACUUCUUGUUGAAUCAUGCCAUAUAAGAUUUGGCUUAAUGUGUGUGUGUGUGUGUGUUUUCUACCUUUUGGGGAGGUUUUGAUGCUUUGUUCUUGGAUGGUUUUUGUUUGAAAUUGUAAUGUGCUUUUGAAUAUUAGUCCCUUUGUGAUUUGUUUCCCUCAAGUACUUGGGCUAGUUUGAGAAUAACGUUGUUUAAUCAGCGUUAGUAUUUAUUUUGAUAGUUUUUUAUGAUGCAGAUUAAUCUGAAAAUUCUAAAACCACAUAUUGCUUUUAGAUCGUACGGAGUAUUUUCAAAAAAAAAUGAAAAAGAAAUGCUGGACGUUGAA